UCAAUUAUAGAACUUUCACAGAUAAAAUUCACAAUUAGAAUAAAUUUUCUUAAAACACUUAAGAUAAAAUACUAACUAUAUCAACAUUAAAAUAUUUACAGAUAAUAUUAGUUAGGCAAAUAUUUGAGUAAUCCACUCAUAGGCUAAUUUACAAUAUACAUAAAAUUUUUAAUAUUACUCCAAAUUUAAUACAUAAAUUUUUUUCGGAAAGCUGUUCGUGUGUGGGCCGUGUACGCAUAUCAAAAUAUACAAAAUAAUUUUCUCUAAACUGAGUAUAAUUUAGAAAUUUAUUUGAAUGAUAGCUUCAAAAUACUUAUAUACACGUUCUAUGCGUGUUAUAUGAGUACAUUAAAUUUUACUAUAAUCAAAGAUUAUUAUAAAUUACGUAAAUUUUUUAAUAGUAAAACUUUUAUAAUGAUAAGCUAUCAAUCUAAUUAUGUUAUUGUCUUUGAUAAACUAACGUUUUCGUAUUAUAUAUGAAGAUAAAGAAUAUUAUCAAUUUUAAAUAUUAUUUUAAUAUGUCAGUUAAGAAUCGGCACCGGAUCAAUUAAGAGCUAUAAAUGAAACUAGUUCGGGAACGGUUAUUGAAUUUAAAGUAAAACAUUGUAAAAAAGACGACAGUAAAGUAUGGCAAAAGAAAAAAAGAAGAAGAAAAAUCGUAAUAAAUCCGAUUAUGGCGAUGAUUUUAUUCCACCAGAUGGAGGUUAUGCUUGGAUCAUUUGUAUCACAUCAGGUUUAUCCAACCUAUCAGUUUUACCAGUAUUUCAACAAUUCGGUCUAAUAUAUCGUGAUAAAUUAUUAAACAUAGGUUUAUCACAUUCAGCAAUAACAUCAAUAAUUAAUAUAAAUUCAGCUGUUUCAUCAUUAUGUGGAUUUUUAAACGGUCCUAUGUUCCGAAGAUUUUCAUAUAGACAAGUUGGUAUUGUUGGUUCAAUAAUUUCUACGUUAGCAAUAUUUUUAACUUCUGUAUCAAAUUCAUUUGAAGCAUUUUUAUUUUCAUUUGGACUUUUAUUAGCUUUUGGUUUCGGUAUUGUUAUAUCAGCGAACUCAUUAGUUUUCAAUGUUUAUUUUAAAGAAAAAAGAUCAAAAGCCUCAAGUUGGACAUGGACAAUAACUGGUAUUGGACCAGUAAUAUUUCCAUAUAUUAUAACAUAUUUAAUGGAUGUUUAUGGAACACAAGGUACUUUAUUAAUUGUAACAGGAAUAGCAGCACAUGGUUUAGUAUGUGCACUGACUUAUCAACCAGUAUUAUGGCAUGUUAAGAAAAAGAAAAAUACAUCAAUUGAAGAAUCCGAACCAUUAAAGAAUGAAGAUGAUAAGUUAGAGUCGGAAGAUAUUUGUAAAAUUUGUAAUUGUUUAAUUGAAGAAGAUGAUGAAGAAACGUCAACAGAUAAUGAAGAAAAUUGUAAUGAAAAUGAAGAAAAUGAUAAUGGUUCAGCUGCAGAUAUUCAAGUUCUGGCUCAAGAUCCUGAAAUACCAAUGAUGCAUACAAGAGAUAAUAUUUAUAAAUCAAAAGAAAAUUUAGCAAGAAAAUACACAAGGCAACUUUCCAUUUAUAGUGUUUCAAAAGCUUUAGAAAGAAAAUUUUCAAUAAUUUCUCGUGACAAUAACCCUAAACAAGAUUUAAAUAUAUGUAAAUGUAAAAAUGCAACUUCAAAUAAAUUACCACAAAGAAAUGAUGAAGAAAGCGGUAAUUCUGGUUUGACAAAGAAUAAAACUAAACUUACACUUCUCCAAAAAUUUAUAAUUAAUUUUGAGUUAGAUUUACUUAAAGAUUACGUCUUUUUAAAUAUUGUUAUUGGAUUAACAAUUGCAUUUUUUGCUGAAGUAAAUUUUUCAAUUUUAACACCAUUCAUUUUAAGUGAUUUUGGUCUGGAAAAUAAUCAAGUUGCAUUUUUAAUGUCAAUGCCAGCUAUUCCGGAUCUAGCAUUUCGUUUUUUAAUUCAAUUCCUUGUAAAAAAAGUAAAAUGGGGUAGUCGAACUUAUUACUUAUUUGGAAUUUCUGGAAUGGCAAUUUGUCGAUUUAUUAUUGGAUUACGUCCUUCAUACAAUAUUUUGUGUAUAGCAUUCUUCUUUUUAGGAAUUGGUAAAGCUUUUAGAACAAUAUUUUGGAAUAUAAUUAUACCAGAUUAUGUUCCAUUGAAAAAAUUACCAGGAGCUUUGGGUAUUAAUCGUUUAUUUGGUGGUAUAUUCCCUAUGAUAUGUGGACCACUUGUAGGAAUUAUUCGUGACAGAUCAGAUUACGCAGUCACAGUGCAAUUUUUAAAUUUUUUAACAAUGAUUACAAUAAUAAGUUGGACAUUUGAAAUAAUUUUUAUACGACGGAAAAAGCGACAUGUUGUAGCAGCUUUGUAAAGUAUUAAAAAUUUGUACAAUGUGAUUUAAAAUUGACUGUUUGUAAUAUUGUUAAGGAAUAUUUUUUAUUGUGUUCUAAAUAGAAUAAUUUAUAUACUGCGAUAAUGAUAUUAAAAGAAUAUUAUUAUUUACAUGAAGAUGAUAUAUAAUUUAUUAAACUUUAA